CGAAUCCAUCAGGUUUAUAUAUAUAUGCUGUAUUUUUAUUUUGCUAUAGCGGGUAGAAUAAAAACCGCAGUUUUUUUUCUUUCGAAUUUCUAUUGGGUUUUCUAAACAUUUUCAGAUACUUCGGUUAUUUAGUUAAAUGUAUAAUCAUAUUUUCAUCGGAAAAUUUGACCAAAUUUAUGUUGAGUGUUCAAGUUUGAACAGCAAGGCCGCCGACUUUGAUUACAACAUUUGUGCGGUGAUUGAGCUCUUAUUCCCCCGGUACUGCAAUCAACGGUUGCGGCAUAUGCGAUAUCUUGGAUUACUGCCGGCAGCUCUAAUUCGACCCCUUCCGGAUUCUGGUGCUGCUGAUGCUGCUACUCGAAUUGCAACCCAUUUACAUGCCGCCCGGAUGCCACAAGCCCCUUCUGAAGGUCCCUUCCACACCCGAGAAUUCCCCCAACUGCGUCAUCGAGCUGAACCACUGCCACUCACACACACAUACACACAAACACACGUGAAGUGGCUGCCUUCAUAA